UGCAGGUCCUGUCCAAUUUCGAUGGAUGUAUCCAUUUGAGAGGUUCUUAUAUCAUUUGAAGAAAAAAGUGAAGAAUAAGGCAUGUGUUGAAGCUUCAAUUUGUAAUGCAUAUAUUGUGGAAGAAGUGACAACAUUUGCAUCAUACUAUUUUGAGCCGCACGUGCAGUGCAAGAGGCGGAGAGCAGGAAGAAAUGAUGAGGGUCCCAUCGAUCCCAAUUGCAAAUCAUUCUCUAUUUUCAAUUAUCUCGGUCGACCAAGCGGCGCAUGUCAGUUUCGUUGCUUAACAGGCGAAGAACGGCAGGCCGCCCAUACCUAUAUUUUACUGAACUGUCCAGAAGUGGAGCCAUACUUCCAGAUUUUUCAAAAUUCAAUGUAUGGACUACCACCAAAUGAGUUCGACCGUUUGUGCGAUAAACAAUUUGCAGCAUGGUUCAAAACAUAUGUUCACAGUAAUCAUGAUCAAGUUGAAGAGCAAGGAUUACUAUAUUAUCUGUCAUGGGGUCCACAGUCAAGCAUACGAAGUUGGCCAGCAUAUUUCAUAAACGGCACGAAGAAAAAUCGAGGAACACUGGAAGGAUACAGCAUAUCAACAAGAGGAAGUUUAUAAUGCGGUUCAAACUGA